GUAGACAGGUUCUCAAAGCAGACUGAGUUUUUAGCUGUUAUUUCUCCUAUUUACGCCAAUUUUGUUGGUCGAAAUCAUGCAGACGUGGAGUCUCGUAUCAAUUUGCGUGUUGCUUGGCGUUGUUGUGAGAUGGGGCGUUUCGUUAAAUUCAUAUUCAGGGGCGGGGAAACCUCCCAUGUUUGGCGACUAUGAAGCUCAAAGACACUGGCAAGAAGUGACAUACAACCUCCCUGUCCAGGAAUGGUACUUAAACACCACCGAGAAUGACUUGAACUACUGGGGUCUUGACUACCCUCCUCUGACUGCCUACCACAGCCUGAUCUGUGCCUUUGUCGCAAAGAUGAUAAACCCUGAAUGGAUAGAGCUCCACAGAUCCAGAGGUUAUGAAAGCCCAGCCCACAAGUUAUUCAUGAGAGCUACAGUCCUGGUGGCAGAUUUGUUGAUAUACAUCCCUGCAGUGGUUUUAUACUGUUUAUACCUCACUGAUGGAUCCUCUAAAAGAAAGGUAUCCUCUGUGCUCACCUUCCUUUUAUACCCAGGCUUAAUUCUCAUCGACUAUGGGCAUUUCCAGUACAACGCAGUGAGUCUGGGCUUUGCCCUGUGGGGCGUUCUGGCUCUGGGUCUGGGCUGGGAUGUGCUGGGCUCUGUGGCCUUUUGCCUGGCUCUCAACUACAAACAAAUGGAGCUGUACCAUGCGCUGCCCUUCUUCUGCUACCUGCUGGGGAAAAGUGUCAAACUAGGCCUGAUGGGGAGAGGGCUUUUCCUGUUGGCGAGAAUUGCCUCAACAGUGUUGGUGACUUUUGCCCUCUGCUGGCUGCCCUUCCUGUCUGACCCUGGUCAGGCCAUGCAGGUGGUCAGGAGGAUUUUUCCCGUGGCUCGUGGUCUCUUUGAGGAUAAGGUGGCCAACACAUGGUGCAGCUUGAACAUCCUGAUAAAGAUCAGAUCCGUUCUGUCCAGUGAUUCCCAGAUCUACCUCAGUUUAGCCUGCACGCUCCUGGCAGUCCUACCUUCCUGUUUGAGAGUUCUGAUGAAGCCCACAUUCUGGCAGUUUAAAGUGGCCUUGGCCAAUUCAUCCCUGGCUUUUUUCCUCUUCUCUUAUCAAGUCCACGAGAAGUCCAUCCUCCUGGCUGCCUUGCCUGUCUGCCUCCUGCUGAAUGAGCUCCCCCUGAUCAGUAUUUGGUUCCUGCAGGUCUCUACAUUUAGCAUGCUGCCUCUGUUUCUGAAGGAUGGUCUGCUGGUGCCCUAUGUUGUGACCUCGCUGGCCUUCCUCUUCUUCAGCAUUUAUCUAAUGUCUGCACUGGAGCACUGUUCAGAGGAAGAUCUGAGACUGGGAGCCUACCAUAAGCUGCUAUUCUUCCUUCCAAAACUGGACAUGGCCUGGAUUGUACGAUGGAAGUUCUACAUCAGCAUCGCUGCCAUGGCUGCUUUGAGCGUUGUGACUGUUGCUCUGGUUCCUCCACCACAUCUACCUGACUUGUUUCCUGUGUUGGUGUCCACUACUGCUUUUGUGCAUUUCUUGGGAACAUUUCUAUACUUCAACAUCGUCCAGUUCAGUGAGCCGCCCAGCAGAAAGAGCCAGAAGAAGAACAACUGAAUGGUGCCAAAGGACGUGAUGGGCACGGGAAAAGAUCUUUUUUUAGCUAAUUUUGCUUCAGGGAAGCCAGAGUUAUACCGUGGGACAUGUUUACAUUCUAGAUGGUUUUCACUCGUGCCAUCAAGCCCCCAGUGCAGAUAUCACAAAUCUAGAGCUGUAAUCAUAAGUCCAUCAAAAAAAAAAAUAUUUGCAGCUAUUUUCAAAAUACAGCAAAUGAUUAUUGAAGUCGAUUUUCAAGUUAAAAACGGCAAACAUUUGAUGGAUCCAGCUUCUCCAAUGUGAGAAUUUUCAGCAUUUCUCCUUGUAUUGUAGUAUAGAAUAUCUUUGCUCAGACAAUACGUGAUUUAAUGACAUCAGAAAUUUUGAACGUUUUUGAACUGUUAUAGACCAAACAAUUAAUGGAGAAGAUAACUUGCAGAUUUGUGUUAAGGAAAAUUAUCAUUAGUUGCAGUCCUACACAAAUGCUUAUUGAAGGGAUAUUGUGGGCUGAAAAAUCAUUGUACUACAAAAAGGUAACUGGGAGGAGCUGUGAAAUCAAAAGAAAAUUAAAGGAUAGUGACAUUUCUCCAGUUUGGACCGAAUAAUUUCACAAACUCAGUCCAAUUUGUUACCAAAAUGUAAUUUGUGUUAUCAAGCCUAUUUUCUUGAUUUUUUUUUUCUUUGCUUGGACCAAUGAUACCUAAUUUUUCCAACUAUACUAUUGCUGGCCAAUCACAGAAACGCAAGCAGGCCUUAGGUACCUCUGUGUCUGUAUGCUCAAGCUACAGCGAGUGGCCACAAUAAUAGGAACACCUGUUGUAAAGUCCAGUUAUUGUUAAGACCAUGGGGAGAGGUGCUGAUUAAUUUUGUGGUUAUUUUUUAAACUGUAGUAUGUGGUGGUGCUAGACUUAAUGUUAGGUGUUCCUGUUAUUGUGUCCAACCUCUGUACCUCCUUGGUAUUGUGAUUAAAAGACGUACCUGAUGGGACUGGACUCAGGUCAGCAGUAACAGUUGAUUAUUAUUCAUGUGGACUUUUUUUUUUACGGUUUUC